GUCUGUCCCUGUGGGUCGGCGGUGCUUGGUGUUGGCCCUGGGCAGCCAGGUCACACCCGCUUCAGGGCUGCAGGAGCUGGGGAAGGGACCCCAAAGGGAGGAAGCCUUCUGUCCUUUCAGAGGCCAGUACUCUUGGCCUUUGUCAGUGGCCGGAAGCCUGAUUUUCUCUUGAGGCAGUUGUCACUGUGGCCAUGUGGGGCAGUCCCUGUUAGGGUCGUGGGUCAUGCUCCCCCACAGCCUGUGCUCCUGCCGUAGCCGUCUUCCCUCUGCCCUGCUAGUUCCUGCGGGCCGGAAUGGCUGCCGGUGCCUAGCACUGUGGCUGCCCCGCCUGUUGUGUGCUAGUUGGGAAUGGCUUCACUCCCUUCAUCUUGUGGGGCGACAUGAACGGCAGACACACUGCCAGGCGGUGGCCCCAGACCUGGCAGCUUCAGGGCUGGAGAACAUGGGUCUUGACCACCAGAGCCACUCGAGCCUUGAGUGAUUGUCCAGACUCUGCAUUGCCUAGAAAAGCAGCCCAGACCCAGGAGCUGCUUGCCUUUCCUUCCCGGUGAGCUGGGAACACGGGGUCCCUGUGAUACGCUUGUCGUGUUGAGGGUCCCAGGCAGGGGUGUUCCUGACACAGUGUCUGCUGAGGUGACCAGCCUGCAGUGGUGGGGACUCCAGGAGGGUGAGAGUAGGGGAUCGGGGCCUGGAACUCUGGCUGCGGGCGCCACCGUGCUCUGCUCCCAGGAAGUAGAGAUCUGAGCGCCCUCUCUGGGGGUUUCCUUGGUUGGGCUGCUGUGGUGGACCAGACGGACAGUUUUGGGCCUCUCCAAGCUGUGACUUGCAGCCACAUGCCUCCCUUGUCCUGGUUUUCUUCAGACCGUGAGCAGCAGGAAUGGAGCUGCCCCGCAGUUGGGCCCGAGGGACCUGAGUGGCGCUCAGCUUCCUGUGUCCUGCUGAAGCCUUCAGCCUGGAUUCUGGGGAUGCGGCCGUAGCUGGGCUGCACGCAUCUGCUGUGCCUUGUCCUCCGUGUGCACUGGUUCUGGGACUGGGCUGCCGGUCCCGGUGAAGAAGUGAGCAGGGCCACGUUCCUUACCUGGCUGGGCCAGGGUGAGCGCGGACACCUCACUGGCCUGCCUCUGGCUCCUGCACGGAGGGCGGCCUGCGCGUCCCUAGGCCUUGCCCAGCCUGCCUCGUGUGGGGGACUGUGUGCCGAGAUGCUGCCCUUGGCCCCUUGGCCCCUUGGCUCCUGCCAGGACCUGCCCCACCCAACUCUCCUGCGAAGUCCCCGGCACCCCGGGGCCCAGGGUCUUGUGGCUCGCCUCCUGCUCAGGAUCAGGGUUGGGUAACGCGCCGUGCUGCGUUCAGGUGUGGCCUGUGUGCUGACCCCUCCCUCCCAGUUACAUGCCUUGGGAAAGGCCGCUGAUUGGCAGUUUCUACUGAUGUCUCACUGUGGAGCCAGCAGGGCCCAACACGGACCUCUCUGCCUGGGGGUGAGCGCGAGGUGGGCUCCCAGGUGUGUGCAGAGUCCUUGCUUGGAGAACUGUCCUCGGCACCAUGGGGCACCCACUGCCCCCAGGAUGGGCCUUCCGUCAGCACCGGUGCGCACAGCAGUCCCUGCUGGUGUAGCAUGGUGAGCUGUGAUUUUUUUUCCUUUUUAAGUCUGGCCACUUUAGAUUGACGCUAAGACGCCCCCUUGUUGAUAGGUGCUUGGGGAUGUGGGAACAGCCUCUUUGGAGGAUCCGAGUCCCUGGGCCUUGAAAGCCCUUUCUGCCUCUGGACAAGAUGCUAGGCCACCCUCGCCUCCGCCCAGCGCCUCAAACCCUGCGUGGGUCCUGGGACACCCAGCCCCUCCUCGUCACUCUGGGACUGUGCAGACUACCUCUGACUCUGAGAACACAGUGGCUUGGUGUUCUCAGGAGCCUGGGGAGCCAUGUGGGCAGGGGCUAGGGGACCCCCAGGGGUGUUGUCAUCCUUCACGGAGCCCCCGUGUUGAGCCGUCUCAGCCCCUGACUCAUGGAGGGUCAGCAUCAAGAAUGUGGUUCUCAGCCCACGGAUGGACGCCCCUCUGCCGGCUGUGUCCUGGUGCCCAGACUGCUGGUCUCUGCUCAGUCUCUCUGCCACCCACUCGGCACCCCUCAGUCCGGGGACCGUGUGUAGUUGUCUGGGAUACUUGCGUAUCCAGGAUGAAGCAUCCGGGAGAGCGUCGGUUUUCAACUCCGAGCUGGUGUGAGGGUGUAGCUGUCCUAAGAACUGACUUGGGGGCGAGAAAGGGAGCCCUUUCCGAGGGGUGUGGCUUCCAGCUGUGCAGGGGAACUCAGAUAAUGCAUGCUGGGUUGGUUUUCUGUUUUAAUUCAUAGACUUUGUUGUUUAAGAGUCUUCUAGGCUUACAGGAGAAUGAGUGAGUGCUGGUCCAUUUCUCAUCCCUUCCCUGAGGGUCUCCACCUGCUACUAACAUCGCGAGGCUUGCUUUAGCGUGGUGUGUUUGGUACAAGAGGCGGCACGGGUCUGUUCUUACUAACUAGGCCUGUGGUUCACGAGACUCUCCUGGUACUGUCCCUACUGUCAUACGGGCUGGCCUCGCUGACGUCCCCACUGUCGUAUGGGAUGGCCUCGCCGACGUCCCUGUCAUAUGGGAUGGCCUUGCUGCUGUCGCACUGUCGUACAGGCUGGCCUCGCUGCCGUCCCCACUGUCCCCACUGUCGUACGGGCUGGCCUCACUGCUGUCCCUACUGUCCCCACUGUCGUAUGGGCUGGCCUCGCUGCUGUCCCUACUGUCCCCACUCAUGGGCUGGCCUCGCUGCCGUCCCCACUGUCGUACGGGGAGGCCUCGCCGCCGUCCCCACAGUCGUAUGGGGAGGCCUCGCUGACAUCCCUACUGUCCCCACUGUCGUACGGGGUGCCUCGCUGACGUCCCCAGUGUCGUACGGGCUGGUCUCGCCGCCGUCCUCACAGUUGUACGGGGAGGCCUCGCCGCCGUCCCCACAGUCGUACGGAUUGGCCUCACUGAUGUCCCUACUGUCCCCACUGUCGUACGGGGUGCCUCGCUGACGUCCCCACUGUCGUACGGGCUGGUCUCACCGCCGUCCUCACAGUCGUACGGUGUGGCCUCGCUGACGUCCCUACUGUCCCCACUGUCGUGUGGGCUGGCCUCGCCGCCGUCCCCACUGUCAUACGGGCUGGUCUCGCCGCUGUCCUCACAAUCAUACGGGGUGGCCUCACUGACGUCCCUACUGUCCCCACUGUCGUACAGGCUGGCCUCGCCGCCGUCCCCACUGUCGUACGGGGUGGCCUCGCCGCCGUCCCUACUGUCGUACGGGGAGGCCUCGCCGCCGUCCCCUCAGUCGUACGGGGAGGCCUCGCCGCCGUCCCCACAGUCGUACGGGGUGGCCUCACUGCUGUCCCCACUGUUGUAAGGGAUGACCUCGCCGUCCCCACUGUCGUAAUGGAUGGCCUCGCUGCUGUCCCCACUGUUGUACAGGAUGGCCUCGCUGCCGUCCCGUCAUAAGGGAUGGCCUCGCCAUCCCCACUGUCGUACAGGGUGGCUUUGCUGCCGUCCCACUGUCAUACGGAAUGGCCUCGCUACUGUCCCCACUGUCGCGUGGGAUAGCCUCACUGCCCCACAUCCCCAUUCCCUGCCCACUCGUCCCUUUAAACAUGUUAUCGUGCCUCACUUGGUCAUCCCCACGUGUGGGGCCUUUACGGUCCCUGCACUUGCUCCAUGACCUGAUCCACUGCCUAGUGCCCGGGCCUCUCUGCUCUUGGAGGAUCUUUUCCUUUGUGCGGAGGGUACAUUUAGUUUUUCUGAACACAAAAGGAUAAAAGAAGAAAGGAGAAGAGAAUGUGGGUGAGCUCGCUGGCUCCUCGUUUUGGGGAUGGUCACUUCGACCUGUCCCACCGCUCCGCUGAUGGGCCGCAUGCCCCGUGUCCCCGCAGCAUUCCCGCGUGGACCCCGAGGAGCUCUUCACCAAGCUGGACCGUAUCGGCAAGGGCUCCUUUGGGGAGGUGUACAAGGGCAUCGACAACCGCACCAAGGAGGUGGUGGCCAUCAAGAUCAUCGACCUGGAGGAGGCCGAGGACGAGAUCGAGGACAUUCAGCAGGAAAUCACCGUGCUCAGCCAGUGCGACAGCCCCUACAUCACCCGUUACUUCGGCUCCUACCUGAAGAGCACGAAGCUGUGGAUCAUCAUGGAGUAUCUGGGCGGCGGUUCUGCACUGGACCUGCUUAAACCCGGCCCCCUGGAGGAGACCUCCAUCGCCACCAUCCUGCGCGAGAUCCUCAAGGGCCUGGACUACUUGCACUCGGAGCGCAAGAUCCACCGAGACAUCAAAGCUGCCAACGUGCUGCUCUCGGAGCAGGGUGACGUGAAGCUGGCCGACUUCGGGGUGGCGGGGCAGCUCACGGACACGCAGAUCAAGAGGAACACGUUUGUGGGCACCCCCUUCUGGAUGGCACCCGAGGUCAUCAAGCAGUCGGCCUACGAUUUCAAGCGGCCGACCGCCAAGGAGCUCCUGAAGCACAAGUUCAUCACACGCUACACCAAGAAGACCUCCUUCCUCACCGAGCUCAUCGACCGCUACAAGCGCUGGAAGUCGGAGGGGCACGGCGAGGAGUCCAGCUCCGAGGACUCGGACAUUGAUGCAGACGCUGAGGACGGAGAACAGGGUCCCAUCUGGACGUUCCCCCCCACCAUCCGGCCAAGUCCGCACAGCAAGCUGCACAAGGGGACAGCCCUGCACGGCCCCCAGAAGUCUGCGGAGCCUGUCAAGAGACAGCCGAGGUCCCAAUGCCUGUCCACGCUGGUGCGGCCUGUCUUUGGAGAGCUCAAGGAGAAGCACAAGCAGAGCGGCGGGGGCGUGGGGGCACUGGAGGAACUGGAGAACGCCUUCAGCCUGGCUGAGGAGUCCUGCCCUGGCAUCUCCGACAAGCUGAUGGCUCACCUGGUGGAGCGGGUGCAGAGGUUCUCCCACAACAGAAACCACCUGACGUCAACCCGCUGAAGGGCGCCGCUGCUCGCGGAGCGCGGGGAGAAGGGUCAUUGUGAGGAGCUCCAUCGGGCCUGGGCUGAUUUGGAUCCCCCCGUGCUGCGGCCACGUGGGCCUCGCUGCCGGGUCACAGCCUCCCCCCGGCAGAGGGCCCUCCCGCAGCCACCUGGACUGAAGAGCGGGGACUGUCGGGGCCCGUCUGCCUCCUCCCCUGCCCGGGGGGACGGUGGCCACGCUGGUCGUAGAUUGGCCUUGUGUCCGAUCAGGUACCGUGUCUCCAAAGUACUCAAGUCAGCCAGAACUUUUUUUUUUUUUUUUUUAAGAAAAUGAACUUCCUCGCUUCCCUGAAUGUUCUGAGGUUAAGGUGUUAGUUUUCAUAGAACAUUGAGAGGCUCCUGCCACUUUCAAUAAAGACCUGAAUUGGAGAGA